AUGAUUUUAGAAAUGUCGCUUCAUAUCUUACAUUCCUUCCCUCAACAACUGUUAUAUAUUACUGGUAAGUUUGUUCUUUAUCAUAUUAAUACUUUUAUUUCUUUAAUUUUCAAAUAUAUAAAUGAAAAACUUUUUAAUUUAAAAUAUCGUGGAUGGAAACAAUUUUUCAGAAUUAUGGUUUUAAAACGAUUUUUAUCACCUCAUUUAGUUUUAAUACUAGCGUGUGCCUUAUAUAUGAUUUUUGGAGCAUUUAUAUUUCAAUUUUGUGAAGGACCUCAUUUUGAUAGUCAAAAAGAGAAUAAUUUAGCAUUAAUAGGAAAAUUAGAAGAUGAUUAUAUAAAUAAAUUAUCAGAAAAUAUCGAUGAUCAUAUCAAUGCUACAAAAUACUUUCAAAAAAAAUUUAUUUUAUUAGAAGAAUCAAAUAUAAUUAAUAAAAUUGUUGUUGAUAAUAUUGUAAAAAAUAAUAAAUAUCAAUUUGAUCAACUUGUUGAUGCGAUUUUUUCAGCUUAUCGUACAUCAAGACAUGGUUUUGAUGAAGAUUCUCCAACAUGGGAUUUUAAAAAUUCAUUAUUUUUUACAGCAACAAUGUUAACAUCUAUUGGAUAUGGAUUUGUAGCACCAAGUACAUUUAUGGGAAGAUUAUUUGUAGUUAUUUAUUGUUUAAUUGGUAUUCCCUUAACACUAGUUACAGUAGCAAAUGUUGCUAAAUUUAUAUCAGAAACAAUAUUUGUAUGUCAUUAUGAAUUAUGGAAAAUGUGGAUGAGAUUCAAAAAUAGAAAUAAAGAAAGAGGUGGUGAAGAUGAGAUAAAAGAAUUAUUUGGUGAAUCAGAAGAUGAACAAGAAAUAUUAGAUCGAGUUAGAUUAAUACGUUUUCCACCAAUUGUUGUUUUUAUGUUUGUCUUUAUAUAUGGUUUAUUUGGCGCAUAUAUUGUAAAAAUUAAUGAAGCAUCAUGGACAUAUUCAGAAUCAUUAUAUUUUACUUUUAUUAGUAUAAUGACAGUUGGUUUUGGUGAUUAUCGUCCAAAACGUGAGAAUUUAUACAUUGUAUUAAUUAUAGUUAUGGGUGGUAUUAUGUUAACAACAAUGUGUAUGGAUGUUGUUGGAAGAAUGUAUCUUAAAGAAAUUCAUUACAUAGGAAGGAAACUUCAAACAAAUAAUCCAUUUUAUUUGAUACGUGAAGCAAAAGCUAGACGAAGGAGAGCCGCAAUGGCAAGUUUAUUAGCUCAAUUAGCACGUGGUAUGAUAUUUGCACAUAGAGAUUAUUCUGAAUUAUCAAGAAAAAAAUCUAAAAAAAAGGUACAAAAGAAACGUCCUUCACAUGUAUUACCAGAUGGUAAAUUUAUGUUUGCAAGACAACCACCAGAUUCACCAAGAGAAUGUCAAGUUAUAAGUACAUCAGCAUACAGUGUGCGAUUAGCGUGGGCACCAGCUUUUUCGGCAGAUGAAAAGGUACAUUAUAAUGUUAGAUACAGAUUAAAAUAUUCCCGACAAAAAGAAGAAUCAAAAGUAAGAGAAUUAAAAGGAAUUGAAGGUAAUAGCGCUGAAAUAAUGAGUAUAGAAUCCUGUUCUUUGUAUGAAUUUAGAAUAACUGCUGUUUCAAGAUAUGGGGAAAGUAAACCAGUUUAUUUGGUACAAUAUACAGAACCACAACUAUCACCACAACAUAUAUUAGCAACAAAAAUUGCACCAAAUUCUGUUGAAUUAACAUGGGAACCACCAUAUAAAAAAUCAAAUAAUGUUAAACAUUAUAUGGUAUAUUGGACAGAUAAUCCAUCAGCAAGACUUUCUGAUUGGCAAAAAGUUGAAGUACAUGGUAGAAAAGUUGUUUUUCCUGAAUUAAAAUAUGAUUGGUUUUAUAUGUUUUGUGCUAAUGCUUGUUUUAAAGAUGGUCAACGUUCUCCACUUUCAAGAUCAUUAUUUAUAAAAACAGAUAAACUUGAAUUUCAUAAUUAUUGUGUUGGUCAUUCGCAAACUAUUGAUAUUAUGGAAGCAUUAUCAAAAAUUGAAGACGUCAAUGAAAAUACGCCUUUAUUAAAACGUGAUUAUGCAUCUUUUGUAGUGUAA